GCAGCGUAUGGAUGGGGGCUAGUUUCACGCACCCAUUCACAACCACAGCAGCGGGCUAUUCGGAAGGCGAAACUACAGUACGUGACAAACAAACACUUCAGCACUCCAGUGAGGAAACUGAUUUCGAUUUAUUUUUACAACGUGAUACCUCGCACAAAUUUGACAGCUGGGUUUGUUCGGAAAAAGAGGAUGAGGCGCGCAGUGGGGAAAAGAACACAACGGGCGAAACGGGCAAGCGUCAGCGCAAUUGUCACAAUGACUGUCAACUAGUGGAGCAAAAAUACGCCAUCGCGGUUGCCGAGGUAAGAGCACUUUUGUUCCGCCGCUGCUUUCCGGAAUUUCUUUGUUCGUUUCGCGAAAAAUUCGGCGUAAAAACCUACGCGCCCAACGCACCAACGGCAAAAGAUUAA